AUGCCUCGUGACAAGGACGUGUACUUUGCCAAGCUCGCUGAGCAGGCGGAACGAUACGAUGAAAUGGCGGAUUACAUGAAGGCCGUGGGAGAUGAUGGCUCUGAACUAUCUGUUGAGGAGCGCAACUUGCUGUCCGUGGCCUACAAAAACACCGUGGGAUCUCGCCGAGCUGCCUGGCGCAUCAUUUCAAGUGUCGAGCAGAAGGAGAAAUCCAAGGGCAACGAGACACAGGCUGGCUAUGCAAAGGACUACCGUGUCAAGGUGGAAAAUGAGCUGCAGAAGAUCUGCGACACAAUUCUGAAGCUCUUGGAUCAGGGUCUUAUUCCGAAAGCCACCCAGGCAGAGUCAAAGGUUUUCUAUCAAAAAAUGAAGGCUGAUUACUACCGUUACAUUGCAGAGUUCCGCAGUGGUGAUGAGAAGAGCAAAGCCGCAGAGGAGGCACGGAAGGCCUACGCAGAAGCGGCAGAGGUGGCAAAGAAAGACCUGCUUGUCACGCACCCAAUUCGUCUUGGCUUGGCCUUGAAUUACUCAGUCUUCAUGUACGAGGUGCUGAAUGACCCUGACGAAGCAUGCAAGAUGGCCCGCACCGCUUUUGAAGAUGCAAUUGCUGAACUUGACAACGUCGCCGAGGAUUCCUACAAAGACUCGACGCUGAUCAUGCAGCUUUUGCGAGACAACCUUACCCUCUGGACUUCUGACCAGGAAGCGGGUAACUAG